GCUUAUAAAUUUAAUUUAUUCGCUUGCUUGCGUAUCAUAAGGAAAAGUUUGAUAUGUUAGAACAGUAAAGAGGCGCCCAGAAAAAAAGAUCUUCGACAGGAUUUACCAACACUUUAGAAUGUAUAGAAGAAAGAAAAAAAUAGGCUUCGUAAUAUUUUCAAUGAUGAAGAGCAACUUAAUAUUUUGUUGCAUUUUCCAGAGACUCCUGAAGAUUCAACCCGAAAUGCGUCUUUAGAUCUAGAUGUCAAAAGAACGACGCUUCGAAUGUGCCUUCAAAUAAACAAGUGGAAGUCCUAUAAAUUCCGUCUAUUUCAGAAAUUAGAACUACGGGAUUACAAUAUCAGGGAAUGGUUGUGAAGGUGUGCUUUCUUCUGUGGCUCAUAGCGCCAUAUCUUUCCAUAACGCAUGGUCUGGAUAAUGGUUUAGCUCUAACUCCUCCAAUGGGCUGGAUGCACUGGCAGCGAUUUCGAUGUGUGACGGACUGUGACGUAUAUCCUGACGAUUGUAUUAGAGAAGAUUUAUUUCGCGCAAUGGCUGACCACAUGGCUCAAGAUGGAUUUCUGGAAGCUGGUUAUCAUUACGUGAUGAUAGACGAUUGCUGGACUUCCAAGCAGAGAAACAACCACACAGGACGGUUGGAACCGGACCCUCAAAGAUUUCCUAGUGGAAUCAAAGCUUUAGCCGAUUAUGUGCACAGCAAAGGUUUAAAGCUCGGAAUCUACGCCGAUUACGGCACAAAAACGUGUGCGGGAUAUCCGGGCAGUCUCGAAUAUUUGGAAUUGGAUGCCCAAACUUUCGCCGAUUGGGAAGUGGAUUAUUUAAAAUUCGACGGUUGCUAUUCGGAAGUGUUGACGAUGCUAGAUGGUUACGAUCAAAUGAGUGAAUACUUAAACAAAACCGGCCGACCUAUCGUUUAUUCGUGCAGUUUACCGGCAUAUCAAGAGCCUUUAGGUAUAAAGCCGAACUACGAAAAGCUCGCCGAAAUCUGUAAUCUCUGGAGAAACUGGGACGAUAUCGACGACGCAUGGAGUAACGUAACUAACAUACUCAAAUGGUUCGGUACCAAUCAGGACCGGAUAGCGAGUUUUUCCGGUCCCGGACACUGGAAUGAUCCGGACAUGUUGAUAAUAGGAAAUUACGGUUUGAGCUAUGAACAGAGCAAAGCGCAAAUGGCAAUUUGGGCGAUUCUCGCAGCUCCGUUGAUAAUGUCAGUGGAUUUGAGGACCAUCGAGCCAAAAUUCAGGGAGAUUCUUUUAAAUAAAGAUAUAAUCGGCAUUAACCAAGAUGCGCUUGGAAUUCAAGGACGACUAAUCACGACUAAAGACAAGGUGGACAUUUGGGUCAAACCAAUCGAACCGAUAAUUGAGGACAGUCACACUUAUGCUAUAGGUUUUCUCAGCCAUAGAGUAGAUGGAUAUCCGUAUAGGCUCAAUUUUACAUUAGCGGAAAUUAACUUGCGUCAUAAGUCGUAUACAAUUCAGGAUAUUUACGAGCCUUCCAGUCCAGAACGGGUAGUAAAUCAAGGAGAUUUGGUAUUUGUCAGACCGAAACCUUCAGGUGGAGUUUUGUUGAAAGCAACACCUAUUUCUACAAUCACGGCCAAUCAGCUUUAAGCUCUGUUAAGCUGUUCUGUUGUAAAGUAGCUAUUCUUUUAAUAAAAUAUGUAAAUUACUACAAAAGGAAUAAAUAAAAUCAAGACGA